AUGUUUAAAUCUGUCCAUAUUUUAAAUAAUGGAAUAGAUCCUUUAGUAAGAGGUUUAAUGUCAUUACCUGCUAGACUGCCACAAAGACUGACUGUUUCUGUAACUGAAAAGAUUUUUGGAAAUUCUGAUUUGGGUUCAAUCAACAUUCAACGAGGGAGAGACCACGGAAUUCCUGGAUAUAUUGCUUGGCGUAGUUUAUGUAAUUUGCCACAUGUCAAAGACUUUGCUGAUUUAAACACAACAAUUAGUAAUGAAAUUGUGAGGGAAAACUUGAAAAUUUUGUAUAAAAAAGUUGAAUUGAUUGAUAUGUAUGUUGGUGCUCUUUUAGAGGAUCCUAUUGAAGGGGCGCUUAUUGGUGGGUUUUUGAAAUUUAAUGAGGAUUUUCAAAAGAUUUUACAAAAGUUAAUAUAA